AUGUUGUGGUAUCUACCAUGGUCUGAAAGUAUUAAAAAAAGAGCCUGCAGGUAUCUGCUACAACGCUAUCUGGGAAAUUUCCUUGAAGAAAAAUUGACUUUGGAUCAGCUGAGUGUCGAUCUAUACAAUGGAACAGGAACUGUAUGCGAUGUCAGCCUUGACUGCGAGGCACUCAAUGAACUGGGUGAUUCACAAAAUUGGCCACUGGAAAUAGUUGAUGGACAAAUGAAAGAAAUAACAGUAACCAUACCCUGGUCAACUUUACUAAAAGAUGAUUCAAUUGUUGAAGUCAAUGGACUCUCACUCACAGUACAACCCAAAGUUCGAGCUGAACCAGUAUCUUCAAUGCUGGAAUCAAUGUGGUCUUCAAUGUCAUCAUCAAUGCAACUUGCUGCUGAGUGUCUCCGGGAAGAAGCUGGUCCACAAGAAUCAAAUCCAGUGGAGGGUAUUGAAAUGUUCGCACAUGCUAUCGAUUCUGUUUUGAGCAGAGUGAAAGUUAAAUUUGUUAACACUAAAGUAAGAAUUGAGCAUGUGCCGAAAAAUGGCGUCCGAGGAAUUGCUUUAGAAAUUCACAUACAAAACAUUGAUUACUUUGAUGAGGCUGGUGCAGAACCCGUUCCGGAAACAACUGACCCCGGCAAAUCCAAAACCUAUAUUGUUGCAACAUACACUAACAAAAAAAUUAGAUUUGAUGGAGUGACCCUCUAUGUAGAUGAAUUUCCAUCAAAGCUGCGAACUAUGGCCAGAAGUCUUACUAUGGAAAAGUCAGUUUCGUCACAAGCCGAUAAAUCUGACACUGCAGCUGAGACACCGGAUGUAAGUUACCAAAGCACUCUAUCGGACGUGUUUUAUGAAACAAAAAGUGUGAUAUCAACCAUUGAGUCCGAUCCAGUAAAAGAAAUAAUUGGAGAAGAUAGAAGCCAUUCAGUAUCGAGAGAAGCUACUCCAGAAGAGAAGUCUAGUCAGCCUGAACCAAUAGUAUUUGCUAAAUUAACAGGCCAACAAGAAUUGGCACUUAAACUGAAAUAUUCAGAAGAAGUCGAGGGUCCAAAAGUUGAAGUGAAAGUGUUGUUAGGAUCACUGAUACUCUUUUUGACGCCAAGACAGUUACACACUCUUAUAGAACUCGUUGAUGCGCUAAAUCAGCCAGAUUUAGAAGAUACAAGCAAUUUACCCCUUCGCCCAAGUGGCGUAAAUACACAGUGUAAACCAAUGAAGCAAGCAGAUUUUCAGUUAAUAGAAGCUCAGCUACAAGGAAACUUGGAAAGGCAAGCUAAACCAACACACAUGUAUGGAUGGUCAGGACCUAGUUUUGAGGACAGUGACGCUGAGAGUGAGAAGUUUCAUCCUAUGACGUCUUUCGGCAACCCAAUGACGGAGAGUUUUACAUCCUCGGUCAGUUCCAUGAGCAACAGUAUGACGUCCAGUGUCAAUGUCCUUACUUCACAACCUCGAAUCAAGAGAAAUAAGAAAGUUCCAUACAUUGAUGGAGAUCCAACAGCAGAAGUGUCGCAUGUUAGUCUAAGAAUGGCCUCGUUCUCCUGCGUGUUACUUCACAAGGAUAUCCUAGCUUCGACACCAAUGGGAACAGAUUACGUGUCACCCGCUUCCGCGUCCAAAAUGCAACAGGCCUCUAGGGAAUUUUUCGACAGUGUCGAAACGUUCUGUCGGAACGACGAGCGAAGAGAAAGUCACAGAGUCAACGAUGCAUUGGAUAAAGCCACCAAAAGAAAUCAUUUAAGAAUACUCACCACGGAAAUGAGUUUGGACGGAAGCGAAAAGGUGACAUCGCACGGUAGUCAGACGAUGUGUGAAGCGGCCAUAAAGAAUGCACUGGUUCGAGAAUGCCUCUAUUUCCAACAAGAAAAUCCUGAUGACGUGAGACUGCAGUGUUUCGAUAUUAUAAAAUUCGAAAAUAAGGAUGACGCGGAAAUGGGAAGUGCAAUUUCAGCGCCAAAUAUAAAAAUAAACUUUAAACAAACAUCCAAAUAUAUGAGAGUAUCUGGAGAAAAGAAACUGGUUUCCCCGACAACUGACAUUGUAGUAAAGUGCACUCCGUUCUACGUGGACGUAGAACUCACAUUGAUAGAGCGCAUGUCGGCAACUUUCUUCCCAUCGAAAAGCACUACUACAGCGCAUGUAUCCACACCACAGAACCAUAUGAAUAUGGCAUUACAUUGCCCACAACUCAAUGUUAUACUCAGGUUCCCAAUAGCGGACCUCCGGCCAGGAAUAAGUGUUGAGAGUCGUCGCGUACGUGCAGACUACCUGUUGUUCCGCCUGCACGCAGCCACGGCGGGCUGCCUGCAGCUGGCCAGCGUGCGCCCGCUGCCCACCACGCUCACGCUCAAGGCAACUACGCUCGACCUGUUUUACUGUGAAAAUGAGCACUUACCUCCUACACACGUAGCGCAGUCAACAAUGGACGACACGUCUCUGGAAGGAAAUAUUUUAAAAGGAAAUACAACUACACCACUGCCUAUGAUAUCACUAACAUUCCAACCGCGGGAAUCAAACAGGGGCCCCUUUGACUCGCUACACGACGAACUAAAUUUCGAUCCGAAAGUGCUUAACCCCAUGACCACGUCCAUGUACAUAAUGAACAACUUGAAGAGUACCCUGCCUAGCCCGUUCAGUGGGAAGAAGAUGGCGCAUCAGAGUAUAACGAAACAAGAGGACAGUCAGCAAGUCCAAGAAGAAGACCUAAUCGUGCCAGGCACGGAGGAAGAAAUGGCUGAAUUCACAAACAGUUCCGUUGAAAACUCAUCUAUACACCUUGAUUUCAACUUGCCGAUACUCAGUUUGCAGCUCGAAUCUAAACAACUAUAUGAGAUAAUUUACAAUAGGAUAAACUCAGACCUUUUACUUUGGGAGCCACAAAUAGUAGACCAGUUUGAGAUUAGUCCGCACAUCUGUGGAACCAUCUACCCCGCCUUUGGUAUGUGCAAAGGCGCCGGAUAUGACUCAGACACGGACAGUUCAUCUUCGGAAGAAGACAAUCUUUAUUACUCUACCUACGACAAUAAACUCAAAAAGGGUAUUGGCAACACCAAACCGUUGCCUGAAAACAAAGAAAGCGAGAGUCACAACUUCUGUUUGACUCUUAAAAUCGGGAAAGGGUUGCUGACUAUCUUCGCUCCUGUACGGGACUCCAAUAAACGCGUGGUCCCUGGGCAAAUGGGAGAACUUGUCUUGGAAGCACACAAGUUGAGCAUGUGCCAAGUGAGUGGCCUUAAUGGACGCGCAAAAACUGCUCAACUGUGUCUUAGAUCCGGAAAAAUGACGCUAUACCAUGAACCUGUCCUCAGUAUACCAUCAGAGAAGCCUCCUCUACGCCUGUACGGUACAACUUUGCCGUUAUAUUUGAAGAGCACUAUAUUUCCAUCAAGCAAGGGUGUAAUCAUAAAAGAGCGUCUCCAAGCUAAAGAUAUGUUUUCCUUAGCACUCAAGACUGAACCUGACAAUGAGACACCUAAUUUGAAGACGAUAUGUAUAGCGAUGGGUAUAGAACAAGCAACGUUGCGUCACCGUGGCGACAAAGGCAUUGCUUGGCUGACCCAACUCAUGGAUGUCUUGGAUGUGCUGGACUACCCAGUACCUGGCUACACGCCUUCUAUAGUGCUGUCGGAGUUGCAUGUUCACGUGUGGGAUUGCGCAGUCGAUUACAGACCACUCUAUUUGCCAAUACGUACAGUUUUAACGCUCGGCAACUUCAGCGUGUCCAGCAACUUGAUACCGGAGACGAAUACAUCAUACCUCCGCUUCUUAGCGCAGGAGUGCACUUUGUUCCUGUCCCAUUUGACGGGCAGCAAGGCGAACACGACCGUGCCACAAGACGACGACAAGGCCCCCGACAUAAAGAGGGACUAUGUUUGCGUUAUCGAUGUUGGACUCUUUGAGUUGUCACUCAGAACAGAGGACAAAUCCAAUGGUCAGAGGGGCAGCGAGCAGCCGCGCGUGGAGCUGACGGCGAGCAACAACCAGGUGAGCGUGCACACGUGCUGGGACUCGGCGUCGGCGCUGUGCCGCCUGCUCACGUACGCGGCGAGCGACGGCGACGCCGCGCCGCCGCACGCCUCGCACUCGCCGCGCAGCAGCCUCGCCGACCUCGCGGACGACCGCCUGCUCGGUCUGGACGAUAGACCAAUAGAAGAAAUUAGGGAGCUAUCCCCAAGUGAAAUUCAACAAGUAAAUGAUCUCAUGGCUGAAGCAAUGAAAGAAAGCCCUAAUAAUAUGAUAGAUGAAGAUGAACUAAAUAGUUCAACGGAAAAGGAGGGAGUUGAAAUAUUUUUCUUCCCUGACGAGUCGAAUAUGAAGACCAAACAGCUCUCUUCUGAAACCUUGAACACAGAAGCCGAACCGAAGUCCAUAGAUUUUGAAGAUACUCCGCCUAUCACUGCCGAGGAGGUUCUUGAAGAAAAACCUGCCGCCGCACAAUCUACAAAAGAUAUUACAGAUCCGCCAACCACACCGAAAAGCACACCACGAAAAUCGAAACGUAAAAAGAUUAAAUCUUCUGGCGACGGUAGCAACACAGACGAUGAAUAUUGCAUUGUAGAGAAGAGUGCAUACGGCCAAGACAACGAAAUGGAUGAGCCAGUCGUGAACUGGAUAGGCCCUGGACCAGUUUAUAUGGUUGACAACCAUUUCACAGUGCCUGCUGCCAGAACUGAUGUACUAAAGGCGCCUAAAAGUUUUCCAAUGCCGAUGUUACGGUACACACUGUGUGAGAUGAGUUUAACCUGGAACAUGUACGGUGGCCAUGAUUUCAAGAAUGCCGGGGACACGACUACCGCCAAAAAGACUGUCACCAUUGAAGGCGACAAACGGAAACAAGGAUCGCCUAUCAUAUCAAAACGAAGCAAAGAGUACGAGCCGUACGAAAGUGGACAUGCAAUGUCUGAAACGUACCGGCACGGCGUUAGCUGGACGGCGGGCACCGAGCGGGUGCGGAGUGUGGCGCCGCCACACCGUGAGCUUCGGACUCGUGGUGGCGUGCACCGCGACCACCACACCUGCGUCAAGCUGCGCCUAGCCAAGGUGAAGUUUCAACACGAAGUGUACCCUUCUGGGGGGACGCAAGCGUCCCGUCAGACCCUCGCAAUCACGAAGAUAGAGGUGUUGGACCGGCUUGUGUGCAGCGACAUCAAUAAACUACUCAGUCAGUACAAGCUCAAGGAUGAACCUGAGAGAAAGAAUGCGUAUAUGUUGGUGGUGAAAGCGGUCCACCUGCGUCCCGACCCGGCGUUGAGCGCUCAGGAAUGCUGUCUCAAAGUGUCGCUGCUGCCGUUACGGUUCAACCUCGAUCAGGACACGCUUGCCUUCCUCGUCGGAUUCUUUUCCAAGCUCGGCUCUGACGAAUGCGGUGAAGACGAAACAAAGAGUGCAAGCGGUCUAUCGACGGAUUCUAGCGGAUCCCGUCAGACGACGCCCACGCACCGGCCGCCAGUAAUGAGCAUCGCCAGCCACUUACGGGAUCCUCCGCCGACGCCCACUUCCUUGGGCGAUGCGGACUCGCUAUCGCUUAAUGAAACUGUGAUCCGCGAUGAUGAGCCACUUAUGGAGACCUACGAAGCUGAACGCUUGGUCUCUGAGAACUUGAUCCAACUGGAGGAGGACUUCCAGAAGCUCGGCAUUAAUCAGGAGAAACCAACCACCAGGCUUCCAGUGGAAACGGAGACGGUUGACGACUCGCCUAUCUAUUUCAGACGCGUAGUGUUCUCGCCUGAGGUGCCGAUCCGGCUGGACUACGUGGGCAAGCGCGUGGAUCUAUCGGCCGGGCCCGUAGCCGGCCUGCUCAUGGGCCUCGGACAACUCAACUGUUCCGAGCUCACUCUCAAGAGGCUCGACUACAAGUUGGGCUUAUUGGGAUUAGAAAAACUAGUCCAGUGGGCUUUACACGAGUGGCUGUCGGACAUCAAGCGACAUCAGUUACCCGGUUUGCUUAGCGGAAUUGGACCCAUGCAUUCUCUUUUACAACUAAUAACGGGCAUCCGCGACCUGGUGUGGCUGCCGGUGGAGCAGUGGCGGCGCGACGGGCGGCUGGUGCACGGGCUGCGGCGCGGCGCCGCCUCCUUCACCGCGCGCACCGCCGUCGCCGCGCUCGACAUCACCGCGCGCCUGCUGCAGCUCAUACAGGUACCGUACAUAUGUAUGGUGGGGGGGGGCGGCUGGGGGUGCGGCGCGGCGCGCCUCACGGACGGUGCCCGGACAUCACCGCGCGCCUUCAGGUACCGUACAUAUGCGACGGCGGAGACGGCGCUGGACAUGGUGAGCCCGGGCGCGGCGCUGGCGCUGCCGGCGGCCAGCGCGCGCCGCGAGCGCCGGCGCCGCCGCGACUCCGCGCGCCCGUACGACCUGCGCGAGGGCGUCGCCAGCGCCUACCACACCGUGCGCGAGGGUUUCGCGGAGACAGCGGCAUCUAUGUCUCUGGCAGCGCGGUCGUCGCGUGUGGGCGUGUUGCGGCAGCUGCCCGGUGCGGCCGUCACACCCCUGGCGCUGGCGGCAGCGGGCGCGGCCGACGUGCUCGGCGGCGUGCGGGCCGCGCUCGCGCCGCACCUGCACCGCGACCACGAGGACAAGUGGCGCCGCCCAGACUCCACUGCAGAAUAG